AUUAUUAUACAAUACGGUUGAAAGAGCUGUUUAGCGACGAUCACGUACAGUUACUCGCAAAAUGGCUGUGUGCGGAGGAAUUGGCCUAGCAUUAGCCAUUCUCUUGUUUUCAGGCAUUUCUUUUGCCUAUAGGCCGUUUAGCAUUCCUACAAACUUAUUUUCUCCAGSUUUGAAGGGUGCUCAUUUGCCUGAAGGGGCGCAUGAAAUACGCUGGCAGGAUUCAGAAGAUUUUACUCAAUCGGACAUGAGUAUGACUGAUGUGUGGUCUAAAGCAGGAAAACAUUUAAGGAGAACACGCCGAGGUGUUUCAGUAUCUYCAUCUUCUCCUAGUAUUGUCGAGUCUGACCUACCCAAAGAACCUUACGAUAGGACUUUAUACAAGCAUUGGGCUGAAGAUAAGAUAAUUCUCCUUGCACAAAAGAAAGACAGAAAUGGUGACAGUAUAUCUGCCAAUGCAUAUUUGUCCAYCAACUUUGGCAAAAAUUGGACAAAACUCAACUCGAAGCUCAAUAGGGGAAAUGUUGUCAUUGAUCAAGUUUACGUCAGCCAAGUUAAGCCAAGUUUGUGUUUCCUGACAGAUGUGAAAAAUAACUWUAUUUUCAUCAGUAAUAAUUAUGUCUCAUUUCAAAAAUAUGGACCAUUGGCAUGGAAACCAUCUUACAUUGCCUUUCACCCUAAAGAUCCUAAAAGGAUCAUGGGAUAUGAUAAGGUCCAAAAAAAGCUUUUUCUGUCAAUCAAUGGUGGACAGUCUUUUCGACAGAUAACUGAUCAAGUCARGUCAUUUUGGUGGGGAGUACCAGGUCAAGAUUCUAAUAAUGUAAUUUAUAUUGAAAAACUCAAAACAGGUUCAAAGAAAUCCAAAGCUGUUAAAGUGGUGGAUUUUCAAAUAAAUGAUCUUCUGGAUGAUAUUGAUGAAUUUGAACUUAUGAAAAAUUAUAUGUUUGCAACUCAAACUUUGCCAAGUGGUAAGACCACUCUAAAGGUUUCCCACAAUCGAGGACCCUUUACUGAUGCUCAAUUUCCAGUCACUGAAAACAACAGGGAUUAUUUUGUGUAUGAUGUAAUCAGUGAUCAAGUGUUUCUAGUCAUCAAUCAUUUUAAGAAUGAAUCAAACUUAUACCUAUCUGAUGUUGGUGGCGUCAAGUACACACUGUCUUUACCAAGAGUUCUGUAUCAUAACCCAUACACAGAUGUAUCAUCCAAAUGGCUUAAGGAUUUGGUGAAAUAUGCGUUUGUUGAUGUGUACAAGGUCAACUCAAUGAGGGGAAUUUAUGUUGCAACUCAACUUACACCUGGUCCAGUAGGAAGACGGCAUCUUUUAUCUAUGAUCACUUAUAACAAGGGAGCAUCGUGGGGUAAAAUCAGGUCACCAACCCGGGAUAUCAAGGGAAUGUCAAUCUAUUGUUACAUGCCUUCUUGUUCGCUACAUUUUAACUUAAAAUAUGGCAGUGUAUACCGUAUAUCUCCAUCUGAGAAUUUGUUAUCUAGUGAYUCUGCACCUGGGCUGGUUUUGGGUCUUGGUGUAGCAAGUACAAACCUCAAGAUUCAUCCUGAUACAUUCUUAUCAACUGAUGGUGGAGUCAACUGGGAAAGGGUUUUACGUGGUAAACAUCAAUAUGCAUUUGGAAACUAUGGAGGUGCAAUUGUGGCAGCAUACUUCAGACGUCACACAAAUUCAAUUAAAUAUAGUGUAAAUGGUGGGAGCUCAUUCACAUCUGUUCCAUUCUCUAAGUCACAAGUUCUGGUUCAUGACAUAGUUACACAAAAGGGUGAGAAGCAGCCUUAUUUUUUGGUGUAUGGAACUCCUGUUGGAAAACAGCCAUGGAAAAUUUAUCAUGUCAAUGUGACCAGUGCACUAGGUAAACCAUGCCAAAAGUCAGAUUUUAUGUAUUGGGUGCCUGGUGCAGGGAUGAAUCAAUGUGAACUUGGUAAAGCUGACAAUUACACCAUUCGAAAUUGGACAAAAACRUGCUACUUAGACCAGAAUCAUAAUGUGCCUAAGGUCCAAACCAAUUGCCCAUGUACAAUUGAUGAUUUUGAAUGUGACUUUGGUUUUGAGCGAAAUGCUUCUCAUUUCAUYUGUCAACCUGUGGCUGGUGAAGACUUAGAUUCAGACCUUAUUCCUAACGUUUGCCCAGAAGGAAAGACAUACAAAAGAUCUAGUGGAUAUCGMAAGAUUCCUGGUGAUACCUGUGUUGGUGGAGAGGAAGCCACUUUUCUUCCCAAAGAUACACCUUGUCCUGUUAAAAAGCUCUCAGGUCUUAAAAUAACAGCAAACCCAGACACACAAGGAAUACCUACUGGUAGAGCAGUCACUCUGACAGCUGAUCUUGUCAAUGGCUACAUUCCUCAUGUAAAAUUUGGGUGGGACUUUGGUGAUGGUUCAGUGAAGAAUGGAACUGGAGCAUCAUUCAUGCAAGUAACACAUUCAUUCACAAAGCCAGGUCGCUAUGUUAUCAUACUUACCGUCACAAAUACUCGCAGCAUACUUAUCAAGAGAAUAGAAGUCAACAUUGAAGAACAACUCGCUGAUAGGAAUAUACAAGUAUCAUAUCAUCCAGUCGAUCCAAGUAUUGCACAAACUGUUGCCUUUAUGGUGAAUGUCGUUGGUUUGAGCCGAAAAGCUGCUGGUCAGUUGACUUACACAUGGGAAAUUGACAGCAAAAAGUACCAGACGGGCUGGGAGUCGUUCUUCAAAGUUUUUUUCAAUUCAUCCAAGACUUACACAGUCAAAGUUUAUGCUCGUAACAUGGUAUCAACUGUUAACAAGGUCAUAAAUGUUAAGGUAUCUAAAGAUAUUAGGCCUCUUAAUGUCAAGGCCACAUCGUUAGGCCCUACCUCAGUAGCCGUGUCAUGGAGUCCUCCAUUGGAACCUUUAAGUAGCAUCAGCGGAUUUAAGAUAUUUAAAAGUUUGAAGCGUCUAUCUGAUUACCAAGAGAGUGGCRACGUAAACAAUAGGAUAACAUCAUUCCUAGUCAGCAAAUUAAUACCAGGCACAACAUAUUACUUUAAAGUUUUAGCUUACACCACAAAUAAAGAAGGUGCAUUCUCUGAUGUUGCAUCUGUAAAAACCAAUUACAGCAAUCCCGAUCCACCUAAAGAUUUCACUGCAUAUCCAUUAAGCAGUARWGCAAUAAGGGUGACAUGGAAUGCACCUGAUAAUGACUAUGGUAGAAUCACAUCAUAUGUUCUCAGUUGGACAGGCGACGGASAAUCUUCACGUCAUGUCAUUUUACCUGGCACCGCUCGACGACACGACUUUAAUAAACUUACUCAAGAUACACUGUACUCUUUUGAUCUUGUUGCAAAGUUUCCUGGUGGUCAGAGUUAUGGCGGGCGAGUACAUGCAAGGUCCAAUACAAGCAAACCAGUCCUUCCACCUCGUAACUUUAAGGAAAUAUCUAACAAUGGAACUUGCACAGACKUGUUGUGGAGUGCUCCAUUACUACAGAAAGGCAGCAGUAGAGAAUUUAACGCCAAGGGCUACAAGAUCUAUGUUUCUGGUAAGCUGAAGGCCACCGUCAAUCUAAAGUACGCAAAGGUUUGUGGUUUUACUCCAGGAAAGACUUACUUCCUAGAGGUAUUAGCUUACUCUGUAGUUGGAGGAGGACCCAAGGCCAACCUGACAAUUACGUUCAAAUCUAUUAUAUCCAGCCCACCCAUUAACGUGCGCGGUACUGCUAUGACGUCACGAAAGGUCAGAAUCCAAUGGGAAUCUCCCGUAUCGCCUAAUGGGAACAUAAAAGGAUUCAUCAUUUACCAGCGUAAGCCAGAUCCAACAGCUGAUCCAAUCACAGUCGCUAGGAAUACGUUUUCCCAAGUUAUUGAUGCUCUUAAGCCAUAUACAAAGUAUGUGUUCGUCGUGGUCGCGACGAACGAGAAAGGAAGAAGUCCAUUUAGUAAAGCGAUAGAGGUCUUGACUCACGAAGAAAUUCCAUCUGCUCCAAAGUUCGUCAAGGCAGAACUAAUUGAGCCCGAAUCUUCUACARUACGUUUGUCAUGGUCACAACCUUCUCAACCUAAUGGCAAAAUCACUGGAUAUGAGAUUGUAUGGGGCAAAACCAGCAUCACUGAAGAGCAAUACAGUCAAAAAAAGCAAGAAAUAGUCGGAAAUAUCAUGACGUAUACGUUCGGCCAUUUGUACAGCAACACCGAGUACACUUUCAUGAUUGCAUCGAAGAACGGAGCGGGAAGAAGYUUGUCAUACAGUAAUCAYACCCAGCAGUUUACGCAAACAGCYAUCGAUGGCACGACGCGAUUAAGAAUCAAAUUCCAAGGAAAAGAAGAYACYGCAGCAAAGACCUUUGAAGCUGACUUUAUUCAGGCYGUCGCUCGUCAAGCAAGAAUUAAUCCAGUUCGUAUCGCAGCUUUGAAAAUCAAAGCCAUGCUGGUGGAAUUCGACGUCAUGCCGAAUCUUAAAGCUAACGGAACGUCCUUGGGUGCGGCCAUUGCUUCCUUGAAUACGUCUUUUUCCGUUGGGCCAGCAAUGUCUGUUAAGGGAUCUGUCAGGGCUUUGUACACGUACAGCAAAACGAACCCUACUCCAACAAACACACCAAACGACGGCGUCAUAGGUGCUCAGUCUGGUAAAAGAACAYCAGAAAAACGCAAUCUUGCACUGAUUAUUGUACUGACAUGCGUAGGGCUUCUGCUGUUGGCUUUGUUGAUAUUUGCGGCAUCGUUCUACUAUCGUAGAUACAGACCGCUUGAGCAACACUUUAGCAACAUGUCGAGCAUAUAUCGAACAGAAGACGAUGAGGUUAAUGUUGUUUGCCCAUGGAGACGACAUGGCGCUUUCAAAUAAAUCAAAGAGAAACUCAAAGCAUCAUAAGAAUGAAGAGAAAAUGCCUUUAGGAGAGCAUGACGAGCUGGCAAUGUCGUAAUAUCCCUAGUAUUGAUAACAUAAUGUAUUUUCAUAGGCUAGUCGAAGUGGACGGUAUUAGUGCUCUGAAAAAAUACCGAAUUCAUUUUCCCAAUGUAGAAAUAAUGUUAAAGUACAACAAUUUAAGCAAAUAGUGUUCAGUAGCGCUUAAYAGUGUUGACUAGACAAUGUACACGAAGAAGUAAGAGUGAAGUCAAAACACCCGUGAAAUAGACAUUACACUAAAUACACCUUAGUACGCUCUAAAUGCACUGUUUUCUUUUGUGUUUAUUUGACUAUUGCAAUUUUUAUUAAUUAGUGUUUGUUUCACGGGUUUAAUCACUUCAUUCAAGAUACUUCAGUAGCACUUAGCACUUAUUACCUAGAGUGAAGUAAAAAAACUCAGUAAAAUAGAUAUUAAACUUAAACACCUUUGUACGCACUAAUUGCAUUUUCUUUUGUGUCUUUUUGAAUAUUACACUGUAAUAAUAGUCCAAUUUUGUUUUGCGGAUUGAUUGACUUCACUCUAGUAAACUAUUUCAUGCUUUUAGCACUAUUUUAAGGUAAUUAGUAUUUGUAGAACCGCAAGAUGCAUGCAACUUGUGUGUUGUUAUUUCGCCGCUCGUCUUGCUAUCUUGACGUUUACUAAACGCCAUUGAUAUUUCUUAUUGUAGUAAGUGUAUUUCUUUAGUUUAUGCUUUUUAGUUGCUGUGAUGAUUGUUUUGGAUGUUUUUGCUCGGUAAUUGUAGUUGCGCAAGCGUAAUAUAAGCUGAGGAAUAGUCAAAACAUGUGGAUAAUACUUUUUUAAAGUCAACGCUUUCUGUAGUCAGUGUUUGUUGACUGAAUUCAGUAGAAACAAGUAUGGAUGAUGUGAAAAUCCAAAGAAGCAUCUUCGAUGGUGGAAUAGAAAUCGCGUAUUUCUGUCUGAACUAUCAUGUAUGCUUCAUUCAAAUACAGCUGUUUCAGAAAWCGUUGAAUACUGAAUACCAGUGCAUUCCAAGACCGCAGUGCAGUUAGCUGCGACUUACCUCCGACUGUACGGAGCACGGAUGAACUGCUUUUGAACGGGAUAGAAUGGCCAACAAUAAUAUUAAAAUACYGUAUCAAUAUUCAGUAUUUUCAUCCAUCACCGAAAUAAGAACCAACACUCUAGACGUAGAAUAUAGAAAUACGUCAACAAUAAGUUGUAUUUUAUUCAUAAAUCGUAAACUGUAGUAUAUUUAUAUUCUCAUGGUUUUUGAAACCAAGCAUUGUAUAAGCUGGUACAUAGUGCUAUACAUUAGAAUAAUAAUUUUGGAAUAAAAGUGUUAGAAUCUGAGA